AUGACAGAUUCUUCAGCAGCUAAUUAUAAUGAGAGCAUGACCAAUAAGUGUUCCCGACGAUGUCAUCAUUGGAAUCAUGCUGAGGAUAAAAUGCUACGUGAACUUGUUCGACAACGUGGUCCCCAUGACUGGGAUUUAAUUGCGAAGAAUAUUGAAGGAAGAACAGGUAAAAGCUGCAGAUUAAGGUGGUUCAAUCACCUUGAUCCAGAACUUAAGAAAACGCCAUUUUCAGAAGAGGAAAAUGAGAGACUACUUGCGGCUCACGAUGUUUAUGGAAGCAGGUGGCCAAAAAUAGCCAAGCAAUUUCCUGGUCGAACCGAUGUUGCUGUUAAGAAUCAAUGUAACCUUCUAAUGGCAUGGAUGCAGAGGAAGGAUUCAAAGAAGAAAAGUUUUGAUGAAGAUUCAAACCUUGAAGAAGGGGCUUCUUCUUCCCCAGAGGAUGAGCUAAAGGAUAGUGGUCAUAAACAAGUUCCUUUUUAUGAUUUUCUUGGUGUUGGUGAAUAG